UACGUGGAACGCAACGGAAAAAAUCAAUAUCGACUGUUAUACCUUCGUAUGGUACUAAACACCUCACCGCUCGACGAGAAAAAUUCCAAUUCCGCCCAAAAUGGCGGCGUGGUCAACGCAACGAGAUUUUUCGUCGAGAUUUCCAAAUGUCAGUCGCCUGGGGUUGGGUGUUUCCGUACUGUUUGCUCUAAUACAGAUCGCUGAGGCGUACACUUACUGCAGAAACAGUUAUUCGUACACAUAUUACUCGUGCUCCGACUACGAGUACUGCUGCCAGUCUAACAAGUGCUGCAACAGUUCUGCACUGACCCUUUCCAUAUACCAGCUUUGGUAUUUCUGGUUUUGCCUGAUCCUGUUUAUCGUCCUCUGUUCCGGUGGAAUAUUUGGGUGGUAUAGAAAACGGUACCUGCGACGCCACACUGUCGUCACGAACGUCACGGCAACGGGGACUACGGUUGUUACAGCUCCAGACCACACGAUCGCAACUUUGAGAACCGGACAGCCAAUGUAUCCCGCUACGGUCAUGGCCCCGCCUUCUUACACCAUGGCGACAAGCUAUCCAGCUCCGCCCACUAUAGACCCCGCCCACCCAGCCUACCCACCGCCUGCGUACACCGACCCUGCUUACCCGCCUCCGCCAAGCUGUGGCCCAGGUUUACCGGCGAUGCAGAGGCAUAGUGAUCCUUACCCACGGGCAUCGCCCAGGAUGAGCGGCGGGCAGCAAAUGCACUCUUUGGGUCCGCCCAUUUUGCCGCCAGUCCAGCGACAGGCUGUUCAUCAAACCAUAGCCCCGCCCCUUCAUAAUGGGGUGUACAAUUUCGCCGUCAUUUAUCCACAUGUUCCGCAGAAGGACAUUAGAAAAGGAAAUAAAAACCAAUUAACUAAGGUAGCACAAAGAGACGUGACGUCAUCAGACAUGCAUGCACGCCCUGUGCAGACGAUAUUAUGGUUCUCCCUAACACUCACUCCCCAUCAGUGGAGACGCCACGAGUAUGUUGAUGAUCUAGCUUGGUUUUCAGCAAUUACUGAAACUCGGGGCUCAAAAAGCUGUUCACUUGGUUCCAAUCUUAAAAAUAACACUACCAUGCUACACCUUUUGUGCCUCUGUCAAAAGCCUUAUUUUUUCAGGGUUUAGAUAUGUUAUUGAUGGAAAAUUAUAUUCGAAGAAGUGUGCUUAGACGCGUGAAUAUGUUGUAACGCAGUAUUUGGUUUCAGUACGCACACUGUACUGAGAUAAGA